AUGGGCCAGGACCUCGUCCCCAGCGAGCCUGAGCGCAGCCAUGCGGUCGACUUGGAGCUCUUGGCUCUCUCCCGCAUGGCGGAGCGGCUGCGGGCGCGACUCAGCCCGGAAGCGGGUGGUGCUUGUGGCGCAUCCGCAAGCCCUGAAUUAUGCGGCGAGGCGGCCAACUGCGGUAUGACGGGCAUCGGCGCCACCAGCAGCGCCAGCAGUGUCCAGGGGGUGUGCUCGUCACCGAACGACGUGUGCUGCUGCAGCUGCUGCGCCGGCUCGGGCCGCAAGCGCGCCGCCUCCUGGGGCCGCGUCACCGGCGACGCGGGGCCCGGGUGGGGCGGCAGCUGCGCAGGCACCGCCGCGUGCGAUGGCGGCGCGGCCAAGCGGCAGCGGCAACAAGAGCAGGAAAUGCCCCCGCCAGCCCCCCGCCCCGCCGCGCAGAGGCAGCCGUGCGGCGGCUCGGCGAGCAUGAGGCCGCCGCCGCCGCGGCCGCGCGCUGCCGCCUGCGAUGGUGCUCCCGCCGCCGCAUCACCUGGCCCCGCCGCGCCGCCGGCGCCGCCGGCGCAGCGCGCCUCGCCGCCCUCGGGGCUGUGGCAGGGGCCCCUGGUGCACCGCCGCGGCGGCCGCACGGCGCACCUCUGCACCCUGGCAGUGCAGCUUCCCGCCAGCUACCUCGACCGCCUCCCGCCCGCGCUCCACGCCGCCCAGCUCGCCCACCGCCGCUCCGUCCCGCUGGGCCGGCACGUCGUGUGUCGCUGCGCGCUGCUGCCCGGCGCAGCCGAGCGCCAGCUGUCUGCAAUCGCCGCGAUGGCGCGCGCCCAGCUCGUGGCUGUGGUGCCGCUGCGCCUGUCGCAGCUGGUGGUGGUGCCCUACCUCGACAGCCGCGGCUGCGCGCGCAUGGUGGCGUUCCUUCGCGUGUUUGGCGGCGCCUGA